ACUUUUGUUUUAUAUUGUGAGAAGCAUUUCCGGUAAAUGACCAUAAUUCACCACAUGAUUAUUUAGAAAGAUGCGGGUGUUCUAUGCAAAGCAAUCUUCAUAAACAUAAAGAUGUACAGUUCUGUUAGUCUUUGGAGAAUUUGAACAGACUUCUACUUUGUUCUUAUUCGUGUUCAGAAACAUAUCAUUUGGUAAAAUAAAGGAUGAAUUCUUCAUUUGAAGGUCAGAUUUUACUUCUUGGUGAAGGAGAUUUCUCCUUUUCUGUUGCCAUGGUGAAGUUCCUAUCAAAACAAUACAGAAAGCUUAUGGUGUCAACUAGUUUUGAGACAGAAGAGUCGAUUCAGAAACACAAAACAGCAUUGGAAAAUAUAGAGCUAUUGAAAGAACAUGGUGUUACAGUCUACCUGGCAACAGAUGCUACUAAAGUUCACACGGAUCCACGAUUCAAGAAUGUGAAAUUUGAUAGAAUUAUUUUCAAUUUUCCUCAUUCUGGUGGGAAGUCUAAUCAUAAGAAAAAUAGAAAGCUGUUGUCUGACUUCUUCUGCAGUGCUGUGAAUUUCAUUACAGACAAAGGACAGAUUUUAAUGACAUUAUGUAAAGGUCAAGGUGGAACACCUGCAGACAAACCAAUGAGGGCUUGGCAUGACAGUUGGCAGGUCGUUUCUAUGGCAGCUAAUGCUGGACUCAUUUUGAAAGAUGUUUGGCCAUUUGUAGUCAAUGACUUUGAGGAAUAUUCUUCCACAGGUUUCAGGAGUCAAGAUAAAGGAUUUAACACAGAAAGGGCAAUAACUCAUGUCUUUCAGAAAGGGGACAUAAUUCCAUUACCAACAGAAAGUAUUCCAUUAACUUUUAUCAAAUCUGAAUAUUUAAACAGAAGAAUUUCAAGAAACCUUUUCAAAGAAGAAAAUCACCCAGUUUCUCGUGUAUAUAAACACCUUGAAAGUCAUAUAGCAGAACAGUUUUCUAUUGAACUGGUUCCAGCACCAGACCCAGUUUUAAAAGAGGGACCAGAUGCACUGAAAGAAUUAAUUGCAGGGAUUAAUGGAGAAAUGGCUAAAUCAAAAUACUUUGAAAACUUUGAAUUGAGAUUUUAUAGAACAGGGAAUUCACAGUUUGAAGGGAAACAAACCUUUGAAAUUUGUGCUGUGAAAAAAUAUGCCUUUCAAAAUAUUGAUGGACAUAGUGAACUUAGUAAUGAAAAUGCAUGUCUGUCAGAAGGGGAGAUAAUUUAUAAUCCACAAGAAGGGGAAGUAAAUGAGUGUCAAGCAGAUGUGGAUACAGUUAAAAAAUUGUCUGAGUGUCAUUUGAGAUUUUCACUACUGGAACAUUUGCCGUUUUUAUUAAGCAAAAUUACAAAUUCAAAUCAUGAAGCAGCUGAUAAUGGCAAAACCAUUGUAAAUGAAAUAAAUCAUGAACUGGAAAAUUUACAUUGUGAGCAAUUUUCAGAUUCCAAUGUACGAAUUAAGGACAAAGUGCAACAUCUAUGUCUGAUGACUGGACAUGUGUUUAGACCUUGUGAAAUAAGCCCAUUUACUUGUCCUGUAAAAUCGGAGAUGUUAGGAGCUUUCAGCUUAAAUGAAGAAAUUUGUAAUUCUGAAGAUAUUUCGUCAGGUUUCCAAACUCUAAGCUCCUGUCUGAAUUCAUCUUUUCCAGGCUUGAAAAUAUCAAAUGAUAUUUUAGAAAAUUUUGAUAUUGAUCUGCCUGGUUUAAUUGAGAUUGGUUCUAUACAAGUAGACAUUGAUUGUCCUUCAAAAUUCAGUGAUAGAACUAUUGGUCAUCUGUGGUUUUACAAGAGACAUUCAAAUAAGAACACGGUCAAUUGUUUAGUUUUUGUAUUAGAUUUAAAUCUUCUGACCAUAGCAGCAUUCAGACUCCCUCAUGUUGAAUUGUUAUUUUCAAAUAAUUUAGAUUUUUCUAAACAUUGUACCAUCAGGGGAGAUAAUUCUUUUGAAUAUAGUCCAGUCAGUUUAUUUCCAGUGAUGUUUGAACAUGACAUGAGUUUCUGGGUGAAUGAAAAGAAAGAUUUUGAUGGAUAUACAUUCUCUGAUGUCAUUAGAGGAGUGGCUAAUGAUUCAGUCAUGUCAGUCAAAUUGAUUGACACCUAUAUCUGUGAUAUAACUGGAAGAAAGAGUCGUUGCUAUAGGUUACAGUUUCAAUCACAUGACAAAGUGUUGUCAUAUGACACUAGUUGGAAGCUACAAAGUAAAAUCAGAUUAGAAGUAGCUAGAGAACUAGAAAUUACUUUGAGAUGAAGUGAAUAAAAAUUAUGCUCUU